AUGACUAGUGAAAAGUUUUAUGUUCUUAAACAUAAUUUUGUAGGUGUAUCAUCCGGUGAAGGAAUUGGUGCAACAAUGUCAGAUGAUGAUGAUGAUGAUGAUCAAGAUGAAAGUGAAACAAAUUUUUUUGAUGUAAAUUUUGAUGGAUCUAAUUUUAUGGGUUUUGGCCCUCUCAUGCCAACAGAAAGUGAAAGGACACUAAUGGAACGUGUUCGUCAAGAGCUGAAGCAAGAAUUGAAAAUUGGAUACAAAGAAAAAAUUGUGGACAUUAGAGAGGAAAUUCAACGUAAGAGGAGAGCUGGGAAACUCCCAGGUGAUACAACUUCUACUUUGAAGGAAUGGUGGCAGUCACACUCUAAGUGGCCUUACCCUACAGAGGAUGAUAAAGCCCGAUUAGUACGGGAGACUGGGUUGCCGUUGAAACAGAUUAAUAACUGGUUCAUCAACCAGAGAAAGAGAAACUGGCAUAGCAAUCCUUCAUCUUCUACUACAUUGAAGAGCAACAGGAAAAGGUGACGACAGGUUCUUCACAGUUAAUUGAUUGAAGGAGGCCCGGUGGAAAGAUACUGUUACUUCUCAAGCCAAACAAGUUGGUUAUAAACUGAAGAAUUGCAAGCUAAAGAGAAUGAAUGCCUAGCAAUCUAUGGAUGGUCUCCAUUAUAGCUCAAAAAAUUGUUUAUAAUGAAUGCUAGUAUUAUAAUAGGAGGUGGUAGCUCUACAAACACCUUAUUUGUAUUGUGGAGCUAAUAAAAAAUAAUAUUACUUACAGUGGCAAUGAUUCAAGGUUUAUAUUUCAUUCUCUA